AUGACCGACCGGAAUGCCUCUACCAUGGGCAAGGGCGCUGAGCAGGAGCCUGCCAAAGGCGACGAUGGCAAGGCUGUGAAUCGCGACAAGAGCUCGAAUGCCACUGCUUCUGGGAACAACAAGGCCCCUACGAAAAAGAGACGCAAAGUCAAUCACGGUACGUUUUCCUAA